UGCCGUCUCAUCUUUGCCACCAAUAGUUCAGUUGUUGAGGUGUCAAACUCAUACAACAGGACUGGUCUCCGCACAGUMAACUUCCAGCUACGAUUCGCGGAGCUUUUACCCCACUAUAAACAUCUUAGCAGGGUGAAUUGGGGCCGGCAAUAUCGCGACCCGUGAAUAUACGCCACUUCUCAAACUGUAACAGUAUUUUUCUAGAGUUUGAAAGCCUCCAAUUUUAUAGGCAGGUGGUAUGAACCUGAUGAAAUUGUCGGCCGGCAGAUAGGAAGCUCAAAAGGAAAUCAAGUUGGAAAAGAAAUUUAAGAGAGAGAAAAAAAACAAACACUGAAUGGUUGAGAUCUCUGAGCAGUGAAGUCCUGGGGUAUUGGUGAACGGUGACUCGAGACUAGGAAAAUUAUACGGUCAUAUUUUAAGUGCCAGWGAUUGAAUUUAUUCGGAGAGAGGCAGAAGACAAUUUAUUUGCGGGUUUUGUUUCCAAGUGGCUUGAAACCUGACUUAAGAUUGGGUUGAGUGCCUCUCCUCCCAUCCCAAUGACUAUGGCAGAGAACGAGUACAGCAAACCCUACUACAGGGGAGGCAAAGCUUCGGGCUGCAGCCAAAAUGGAAGGAUGAAUAUCUGUACUGGAUGUAACGAGCCGAUUGAGGACCGCUUUCUCAUGAAAGUGGUGGACGAAGCCUGGCACGAAAGCUGUCUACAAUGCUGCAUUUGUCGUACUCCACUUUCUAGGUCGUGUUUUAGCAAGGACCGAAAGCUUUAUUGUAGAAACGACUACGAAAAAGUAUUUGGCACGAAAUGUAGCGGCUGUAGAAAAACUAUUCCUGCUAACGAAUUGGUUAUGCGGGCACUUGGAAAUGUCUACCAUUUGCAUUGCUUCGUGUGCGCAAUGUGCGGACAUGUUUUAGAGAAAGGACAGGAAUUUGCUCUCAAAGAUAAUAAGUUAUACUGCAAGAUGGACUACGCAAAGCUACCAAAACAAUCUAGUCGUAAAAGCAGGAUUAAUAACAACGAUAAUGACUCCAGCAAAACUAUACGACAACAAGAAAAUGUAAGCAACAAUGGAAUUUCGUGUGAUAAAGAAAGUAGUAAAGAAGGCAUAAAAACAGAAAAUACGGACUCCGAUGAUUCGUCCGUCCAUGACGACGAGGACGGAGAUGAUAAAAAGGGUCCAAAAAGACCCAGAACAAUAUUGACAAGUCAACAAAGAAAAGUAUUCAAGUCAGCCUUCGAAAUAAGCUCGAAACCGUGCAGAAAGGUAAGAGAAGAGCUCUCCCGCGAAACAGGCUUGAGUGUCAGAGUAGUUCAAGUCUGGUUUCAGAACCAAAGAGCAAAGGUACAGAAAUCAAUCAAAAAAUUAGCAAGAAGAAACAAUCCUGACUCAGAUGGAACAAGCAGUUGUCGGGUCAGCAACAGACAACGCAGUUUGAAAAAGACAAAAGAUGGUAAAGGAUCAAGUCCAAGAGAAAAGCGUCGAGGAGACAGAGAUCUAAUGGACCUGCCACCAGAUCUCUCUCCAUCCCACAUCCCUGUAUCUCAUUCACCAUACGGGAUGAUCCCAUCUCAAUUCCAGCAAAACAUAUCCAACCACAUGGGCUCGAUGAUCCCCCCUGGCUACUCCUACCAACACCAGCCGCCAUUGAAUCACAUGGAUACUGGCGACAUGUCGGUGGACCAGCACGCUAUGCAAGCACUAGAAGAUUGCAUGAUGCCGCAGCACCAGUACCCUCCAACCGAUAUGGGUGGUUAUCCGCCGGCAACCAGUCAUAAUGGUCAGAACCAUUUAGAACUUAUGCAUGAUAUGAUAAAUUCAUUUUAACAAGUCUUGUAUGUCUAUUACUGGUACCAUAAGGGCAAUACUUGGCUAUUUUAUUUAAUUUGAUGAUACAUAUAUUAUAUAUAAUAACGGCCCUUAAAAGUGAUAAUUGUCUUAAUGAAGUAAUAAUAUACCAAAUAGGAUGAUAUGGAAUUAUAGAUCACAUGACUACUUCCUGCAUUGGCCAGGAAAUUAACCGAAUUUAGUCUUGAUGUCAGUAGCUAUCACUAGGAUCCAUCGAAUGGGUGGCGUGCAUCUCUUCUCAUAAGAAUAAAAGAACGAAGAACGUGGCCACCAUGUUUGUCGUUAUAACAAGACACCAAGACCGAACUUUUUGUCACAGUCAUCCAAAAUGGCUGCUAUGACGUCACAUGCACCCUAAGAAUUGCUUUCAAAUGUGAUUCCUUUUGGCGGGAAAUAUCACGUGAUCUAUUAUUACGUACUUCCUAUUAAGCUUAAAAACAAUAGGCAUUCUUUACUUUCAUUGUCAAACUCUUCUACGAAAGUUUAUUACUUAAAAAAUCAUUGAAACAUAAAAUAUAACAAACGAGACGCGACUUGACGAUUACUUACGGUUACCUUAGUGACUACAAAAUUUCCGGCUUUUUUUCUCUAAAACUACACACUUAUUCAAUGUAAAAUUUGAGAAGUCUCUUUUGAUUUAAUUUUUGAAAAUUCUGUGAAAUUUGAUUUUUUUAACGGUGAAAUUCGAAGACACUAAUCACUUGAAUAAUUUCACAAAACGUUACUAACAACGAAACUUCAAAAAUCUUACGUUUUUGAUUAACACAUGAAUUGAAACACACCAAAUUAUAUGAUAUUUAAAAAGCCUUCUACCUUCAAGGCAUGUUAAUUACUAUUUUCUAACUUUCAAACACAGGUCACUAACAGACAUUGGAACCUGUAUAUAGUCAGGGCAGAUCAAGUAAAGACUUCGUUGAAGAGUUGACAAUAAGUAAGGAGGUUUAAACUGUGACUGAAAACUGCAGUGUUUUCCUUUCCUUUCACUGUUCUCUCGUCAAAGAAACUUUCUGACACACUGAUAGAACUUUCCUGAAUUUGGUUUAAGUGAGCAAAAAACGAUAGCUCAAGUUGAGAGUGAUUUCGAUAAAAUACAGUAAAUGUAUGAACACAUCAGUUUGAAGCCAUUGUUUAGUGGUCACUCAAGCAAAUUAGGGAAGGAUUGAUUAAAUAUUUGAAGUCAAAACUGUUUAUAUGUAGAGACCUUGAAGGUACGACGUUAUAAAGUAAGUUGGAAAAGUCUUUUAAGUUUAAAGACAAAUACAGAAAAUUCUACUGAUAUUUACUUAGGAAAAUCAUUAUAUCAUCAGUAGGUCUAAAGAUAGUGAAAUCUCCAAAACCUUGACUGUAUCCAUGGAUACUGUUUCUAUGGAUACCAUUUCCAAGUGUGCCCUUUUGAUACCAAGCACAGAUAUAUAAAUGCACACAGGCAACCCAAGGUCUAAGUUCAGAUGUUAUGGAAAAUAUUUCAAAUAGUAACAGGAUAACAAUCUGUUGUCACUGAAAACAGCAAUAUUGCAAUAGUACAAAGUAAGGUUCAUAAAAUGGCAGAUAUACAGUUAUCUAAAGAAUAACAUUGAAGUGAGGCAAAUAGGUCAACUUCAUAUUAUAAUGACCUAUUUGUACUCCCUAAAGCAUCUCUUACUGCAAAUUUAACUGUAUUACAUUUGGCUAUUAUGUUUUACCCUGCUCAAGAAGUACAUUUAAACUAACCCAAAAUCUGUGAAUAGACCUUGUGUUGCUGGUGAAAUACACUAUCCAUUGUUCAAAUUAAAAUAAGAUGUAAUAUAUUGUGUAUACUCAAAUACUGAUGCCUUGACUAUGACAAAGCUACAUAAUCAAUCUUAUAAUUGUACAGUUAUAAAUCCUACGAUACAAUAUAGUUACUCUGGAAAAAUAACAGAUAAUACUUAUUCAAAGUUAUCUAAGAUAUAAAAACCAAUUAAGUUAUUAGCAAUUAUUAAACUAUUCAAGAAAAAAUGAAUAGACUUUACUUAAAAUAAAAGAAAUAUGUGUUUCUCAGAAUACAAUUUACUGAUCAAAUACUGUUUUGUUUUUACAAUUUUUUUAAAAAUUUCAACACUUGAAGAAAAAGUAUAGGCAUUCAAAGAUUGAAAAAAAGAUGUAUUUGAAAAUGUGUUGUGUGCAAGAUUUAUGUUUUAUUCCAUCAAGUAAUGUAUUUAUAACAUACCAACUGUGUUAUAAUUAGUGUUUGUAUUAGAUCGUAUAACUUUGAUACUUCUGCUCCUGUACAUGCUAAAACCUUGAAAAAACUGUCAUGUCUUGUAAAUUAGAUAUUAAAUAUGGAUUAUUUCAGUCAGACUGAGUGUAUCCUGUGAGCAGAUGUUAAAUUUUCUUUCUUCCCCUCCGUAGGUCUAAGCAGCAGGGUUGAGGAAUAUUUUUUUCCUUCCCAACCAAUAGGCAAUAGCCAAAAUGUAGUGGAGGAAAGAAAAUUAUCUAUGAAGCUAGAAGGGUAGACUAAGUGACCACAUUAAAGUGCCUAGACUGACAAUAUCUGACAAUAUUCUUGGUUGUAUAGAUUCUACAUAAGGUGAGCUGUUCUAUGAUCCAAAAAAUUUUAUAGUUUGAGUGAUGAGUUCUGAAGGGUUUAUUCUCAUUGUAUGCUAAUGACUGUGACAUCGGCAGAGUCAUUUAUGUCUAUAUGUUGUCCCCUGUAAAUUGAAACACCAACAACUAUGUGGACACUAUUUAGCAAUAAUCUUUUUAACAGUCAUGAGUAAAACAGUGAAAUUUGUUUCAGUCAUUGUAGAGCUUACCUUAUUUAGAAUCUAUAGAACUAGUUACCUAGUAAAAAAGAAAAAGCCUUCGCACAUGUCCUUUAUCGUAUCCAGCUAUUUGUAAAAAAGGUUGGUGAAGGUUUUGUCGCAUCUUCAAUAAAAGGCCCAAAUUGCACUAUGGGUAAAUUAUGUGUAUACAAUCAGCAAAAGGUCACAACAAUAUGGAAUUUUCCUAAACUUUAUCUGGACAUUUUACCAGCAUAAUUUUGUCUGUGCUGACAUUAUUUACAUACAUAUUCAUGAAUAUAAUAUAUUUUAAGCUUAGUAAGCAUCAUACAGCAUGCAACGAGACCUUCACCAACCCUUUUUAAAAAGCUGUAGUUAAGAGAAAUCAUAGUACAGCAAUAUAAAACCAAAUAGGCUUAAAAGUUAGCUCUGUAUUCACCUAUGUAAUUAUUGUUGUUCAUACAAUAAAAGUCAAAUUCCAAUUCA